AGCUGCCAUGAUCAGCAUCUAAAGCAGAUUGGAAGGUGAACGAAUUCAUUAUGUGGACUCUCUUGAUUCUUUGCAGCGUGAUCAGCUCUUAUGGAGUGCAAGGUGCUGAUCGCUUCCAAACAACUGGGGAAGUUAAUACAGCAACACCAGAUUCUCCAGCAGUUCCAGAUCCAACAUAUGCAGAUGGUGUAACAGGUUCUGCUGUUGCAGGUGUACGCUGUGGUGGCAACCUGUAUGGCAACAAUGGCACUUUUUACAGCACCAACUAUCCAAACAAGUACCCGGAAAACGCAGAUUGUACAUGGUACAUCAGAACAAGCAAUCGAAUCAUACAGCUGGCGUUCCUUGAUGUAAACAUUGAGAAUCACCCAACUUGUGCUUAUGAUGCCAUUUAUGUCUAUGAUGGCUCCAGUACCAGUAGCAGGCUUCUGGGGAAAGUGUGUGGCACCAACAGUACCACCUUCCACUCCACUGGUGCUUAUUUGACUGUGCGCUUCAGGAGUGAUGGUACUGUUAGCUACUCAGGAUUUCGUGCUGACUAUCAAGUUGGGGCUGGAGGUUCCUGCAGAUACAACUGUGGCUACCAGGUUGGAUACUGCUCUUGCUCUUCAAGCUGUGGAUACAAAAGGAACUGUUGUCCAGACUAUGAAGAUUACUGCUUAUCCACUUCUGCACCAGUAACAGCUCAGCCCUCGUGUCUUUACAACUGUGGUGUGCACCUGGGAAGCUGUUCCUGCUCAAGCUCUUGUCAAUACUAUGGCAACUGCUGCCAUGACUACCAAUAUUACUGCCCAACCUCGACUUUUGAACCACUAAUAACAACAGCUCAGCCCUCAUGUCGUUCCAACUGCGGCAUGCAUAUGGGAAGCUGCUCCUGCUCAAGCUCUUGUCAAUACUAUGGCAACUGUUGCUAUGACUACAACUCUUACUGCCAGUCAACCACUGUCAGACCCACCACAGGUCAGCCCUCAUGUCGAUACAACUGUGGCUGGCACAUGGGAAGCUGCUCCUGCUCAAGCUCUUGUCGAUACAACGGAAACUGUUGUUAUGACUACUAUUCUUACUGCCAGUCAACCACUGUCAGACCCACCACAGGUCAGCCCUCAUGUCGAUACAACUGUGGCCGGCACAUGGGAAGCUGCUCCUGCUCAAGCUCUUGUCGAUACAACGGAAACUGUUGUUAUGACUACUAUUCCUACUGCCAAGUCACAAGUGACAUGCCAACCACAGCAAGCCCAUGUGGAGGCUCUCUGUUUGGCUCUGGCACCUUUUCCAGCCCGAACCACCCCAACUACUACCACGACAACGCCUACUGUGUCUGGCAGCUCAGAGCUGCGUUUGACCAAAGAAUCUUCCUGGCAUUCACGUACCUACAACUGGAGAACUGCUGCUCCUGUGACUACAUUUCAGUCUACGAUGGGCCGUCUGUUGGCUCACGAUAUCUGGGGAAAGUGUGCAACAACAGUCUGAAUUCUUUCUACUCCUCCUCCAACUACAUGACUGUGCUCUUCCGGACUGAUAGUUCUGUGGUUGGCCGGGGGUUCAGCGCUGACUUCAUAAGCUCUCUGCCACCAAACUCAGGUCGAGUGGACUGCUCCUCAGACAACAUGAACAUUGUGAUUGAGAAGACUUAUCUGAAUUCUCUCGGCUACGACGACCACAGUCUGUACCUGAAUGACCCACACUGCAGACCCCAGGUUUCCAGAUAUCAGGUGGUCUUCAGUUUCCCCAUAAACACUUGUGGCAACAUUCGAAAGUUUGAGAAUGGCAGAGUUGUGUACACCAACGCUCUCCGUGCCUACACCUCUAACUCCGGAGAGAUCACACGCCAGUCUCACUUGAAGCUGAACGUGAGCUGUCGAAUGGAGCAGGACUCAGUGGCCCAGAUUAUGUACCUUGUCCAUCAUCGUGAUAACAGCAGCAUUACAGGCACAGGCAGGUUCAAUACCAGCAUGGACUUCUAUACAUCCAGCAGCUUCUACUACAAGGUGACUCAAGUUCCAUACAAAGUGACACUCAACCAGAACUUGUAUGUCCAAGUGGACCUGAGGAGGGGUGACAACACCCUGGUCCUCUAUCUUGACACCUGUGUGGCCUCACCAUCACCCCAUGAUUUCCAGUCCAGAUCUUACUACCUGGUCCGUAACGGAUGUUCUGUGGACAACACCUACCAGGUCUACAUCACUGGCACCCGAGCCUAUGCCCGUUUCACAUUUAAGGCCUUCCAGUUCCUGCGAGCCACAGAGUCGGUGUACAUCCAGUGCAAGGUCCUGAUAUGUCAAGCCUCGGACUACAAUUCCCGCUGCCGCCGUGGCUGCCAAAAACGUAAGGCCAGAGACCUGGGGUCAGAACAUGACAGCCAAACUUUGGUCCUGGGUCCCAUCCAACUCAAAGACCCUGAGGAAAAGGAAGAAGGGAGUGAUAAGCAGGACAAGGCUUAACUUGAUGAUGCAAUGAGCUACUUCAAUCAUCUUUAUCAAUCAUUACAGCUCUUGCCAUGCUGUUAAUUGUGAUACUGAAUUAUACUCACCAUUUUUCUCUUUAUCACAUUACCUGAUUAAAAUCAUCAUCAAAAGACAA